AUGGCUAUGUGUAGGCGCGUGGUUCAAUUAGGGACAAAAUUACGAGGGUUCAAUGUAGCAAGAGUUUCAGCUGCUGUUAAUAUGCUUGAAUUGGAUAGUUAUUCUGUGAAAUUGUACGGUUCUUUGUCCUCACAUUCGAAUAUUGGUCGGUUCAAUCAUAGGCAAAUGUCUCAGCUCGUCCCAUCUAAUGGGAACCGUGUGUUUCUCGUUGAUACAUUAGCACUGGUGAGGAGCUUAGAAGCUCAAGGUGUGCCUUCAAAACAGGCAGAGGCAAUAACUGCUGCAAUUACUGAAGUUUUGAAUGAUAGUUUAGAAAAUGUCUCUCACUCUUUUGUUUCAAAAGCUGAAAUGCAGAAAACUCAGAUGAUCCAUGAAUCUAACCUUGGCAAGUUUAAAUCUGAAGUAAAAAGUUCUCAGUUUUGGCUUGUUAAUUAUGUUCUCUGUAGAAAUUUAGUUAACCCUUCUCCACACGGGUGCCAUAUGGAUGAUGACUGGGCUUGGGAGAAUCCUUUGAGGUUUUUGGUAGGCCCAACAGGGGUGCUAGAGACUCCUGGUGCCAUGGAGUUCUAA